CGCAUUAUUUGAGGAUUUCCAACCGUUUCCCUCACAAUCUGUGGAGCCAAUCAUUACAGAACUCUUUUUCUUGCCUCUUCAUCGCCGUUCCCGAUAAUUCUCUGUUCGGAGACACCAGAGGCGAAGGCGACUUCCUCAGAAACUGCAGUGAAUCGAUCGUCGUAUCGUAGCGGACCGUCAAAUCCGAGUCCAAACAUGAACGAGAAGGCCUCCGUCUCUAAGGAGCUCGAAGCCAAACAUACUAAGAUUCUAGAAGGCCUUCUCAAGCUUCCAGAAAACAGGGAAUGUGCCGACUGCCGGAGCAAGGCUCCACGAUGGGCAAGUGUGAACCUUGGAAUUUUUAUAUGCAUGCAAUGCUCGGGUAUUCAUCGGAGUCUUGGAGUACAUAUUUCAAAGGUACGGUCUACUACUCUUGAUACGUGGCUACCAGAACAGGUUGCUUUUAUGCAGUCUAUGGGAAAUGAGAGAUCGAAUUGUUACUGGGAAGCAGAACUACCACCAAAUGUUGAUAACAGAGGGAAUCAAAUGUUCAUUCGUGCCAAGUACGAAGAGAAAAGGUGGGUUUCAAAGAACAAGACACACCCAACUCCACAAUUAGGUGGAAUGAGAAGUAUUUAUUGUGAUUCGAUUGAAACUGAACCCAAAAGCUCUAUUUCAAAGAAGAUGAGGAACUUCUCUCUUGAUGAAGAGAUUCUCACAAAGCACGUGACGAAAACAACUCCUCCAGUAGCAAAAUCACGCGGGAAUUCUUUAGAUAUGAAGAACCAUAUGAUUAUUUUAGCUCCUCCAAGAGGGCCUUCAUCUGUGAAAGGAAUUGAUACAUCCACAAAAAAUACAAAUGGAUCCCCAGAUCUCUUCAUAUAUCUCCAAGAUGCAAAACAGGACUUCCCUAGCGUAGUUCCAGAUCGUUGGGCAACUUUCGAUUGACAGGUGAAUUUUACACACCUAGCUUCUUGAUAAAUUAUCCAUUUGUGAUGGUUAAAUUUGGAAGAAGCAUAUCUUGUCCGCAAGGUUUGUUUCUUCUAUAAAACACCAGUCUUCGUACUUUAAGAUUCGAAAGAAAUAAAUUUAUUUUUACGUUUUA